AAUCUAUUGGGUUUUCAGCAGUUUAUGAGUGACAGUGAUUUGACCUCUGACCUUGUGGAUGAAGGGAAAGAACUAAUCCGCAGAGAGAGGAGAAAGAGGCAGAAAUCAGAGGAUGCUGAGAACAGGAGAAGGGAGUGGAGGGAGAAGUAUGUGCCCAGGAGUCGGAGUUCCUACUCACAGAUCAGAGAGAGUGACAGUUACAGCAAACAAGGCGAGUCACACAGGAGAGAGAGAGAGAGAACCUGCAGCUGAUCUGACCUCGGAUAGCGCAUUCUCCAGAGGUGCCGCAGUAACAUGAAGUUAGCGAGGAAGCAAGCGGAGGAUGAGAGUGGCGAUAAAAUCACCAAGCAGCCAAAAUGAACCUUCUGCCGCUCUGA